GCGGGAAGAAAAUAUGGGGAAACUUGAACUCCAUUACCGAUACGAGCUGUAGGGAAAUAACAACAACAAGAACAAGGUACAUGUUUCAGACUGGGCUGUGAAAUGCCCUGCAGUAUUGUUUCCAUGUGGUUAAACAGUUGAUUCUAAAUGCCAUAGAAAUGCACUGAAGUGGCUUCUGACUGUUACUACUUUUGCUCAAACACACAUGUAGUUACCAAGUGCCAGCAGGCAAGAUGAAUGAUAAAUGCAUGCCUGCUGGAGAGCAGCCAGCUCCUUCAGCACAAGAAACACACCGAAGACAAGAUGAACCAUUGACAAAAGUGGAGAACAGCAGUGGUUUAAGCAUUGGAUGUGACCAGCCUGACCCAGGAACCUCAUCAAUGCAGAACAGACAGGGAUACUGCAGCUGUUGUCAAGUUCUUUAUAACAGCCUGGAACAGCAUAUUCUGAGCACUAGGCACAGAGACUUCGUAAGCAACUCCAGGAGUAAUGUGUCAGCUAAUAGUCUUAUGGAGCGGUUUCUUCAGGAUGUCAUUCAGCACCACCCUUACAGAUACAGUGACAGCAGGCCAACUCAUGCAGACCUGCCUUCUUUAAACCUCCCCCUUGUACCGAAAGAAGAGCUCUCUGAUGUGUACUGUUUACCUGAAGAUGAGAGAGAGACAGUGGGGACCAGGGAGGAGAUGCCCAGUACUGAUGAUGAAUCUGGACCAGUAAUCCUUGUAAAGGAAGUGAAAUCCACAAUGGACAACAGGCAAAAUGAAAGAAAGGCAUUGCAAACUCACAAAUCCAACAGAUACUCAGUCCCAGGGAGCACAAUGCCUACAGAAGACUUAAAAAGACACAGCUUCAGUUCUGUCACUGUGGAAAGUAAUUCACCAACACAGGGCUUUUUGCACAGGACUAGUAGCAAUACAGAUUCUAGUUUAUCUGAGAACCCUUUACCUCACAAUCAGCCUUGCAGUUCCCAAGCUGCUCAAAACCCAAGUGUCAAUAGAAGGAGCGCAGUAGUAGCCAACUGUGACUUGAAGGCUGACAUAAAAACUGAACCGUUGAGACACAAUAAUAAUUCUGUAUCUGGUACAGCCUUUAACAUUUUACCAGCUAUAAAGCAUAUUUCUGCUAGCCCUGAUGGGCCUUCACUCACUGUCUCAACUAGUUCAGCUUUUGGUAUCCCGAAACACCACAGUGAACAAUCUCAGGGGGAGUUUGCAGAUUCCCAGUCAUAUCUCAGAAACAUGACUGGAGCUUGCAGCUCACAGAGGGCGUGUGCAGUGGGGCUUCCAGGAACUGUUAUGAAAAUUCACUCUAAGGAGGAUCAGGGUUACAAUAGAUACAAAGACCAGUAUCUUCAGCUUGAAGAACCAGUUGGAGAAACAAUUGAGGUUAUCCAGAAACACUAUCACAGUGUUCCAACUCAGGAGAAAUCCUUUGAGGAUGAGACCAGUUUUCAUUUAUUACUUGGCUCGUUUGCUAAUCCUUGUAAUUUUUCAGAGUCUGGGACUAGUACUGAGUGGGAUACUCCAAUAAAGAGAGACCCAGGGCCGCUCAAAGAUUUUGGCUGUCUCAAGGAGGUUCACAUUGACCUUGAAGACAAGAAAUAUGAAUCGCAGCUAAGCUCUGUCCUGCAUCUACACCCAGAGGCAGAGAAGAAAGUGAAUGAUAAGAAAGAGGAGGAAGGGAAUGUAGAUAUAAAAGAAUGCAAACAUGAGAAUGGCCUUAUUCCACCACUGCCACAUAUACCUCAGUCCUUCGUUGGAAAGACGUGGUCACAAGUCAUGUACGAGGACGACUUGAAAAUCGAAGCACUUGUUCGAGAAUUUAGAGACGGACAUUUCCGGUGUUAUUUUGAAAGUGAAUCCUCAGCUAACUAUGGGAAGAAGAGUAAGCAGAAACAAAAAGUAGUAGCAAAUAAGACUUUUACUGAAAGUAAUGAGGCAUCAGCCAUGAAAGAGGCAGUGCCACAUUUUGAUCAUGUUAAUAUGUAUGAUGAUGAUGAUUAUAACCAUUCCUCUUUUUUGAUCCCUGUGUGCAAAACACCACUUGAAAAGAAGCCAGCAAAAAGAACAUGGCGCCAGGCUUCCAGAUGCCAGGUUGUUAAAGUCAGCCAUGGAACCCAAACAAGCAUGGUAAACUACCCAGUUGUCAAGAAAAGAAUAUUAAGAAAAUAUAGUGAUCCAACAGAUGCAAGGCAAGCACGAUAUGAGUUAGACUGUGAAAAGACACCAGAUAUGAAAACCAGGUUGUGUGCUCUAAAGCUGCCCGAGGCUUAUAGCAAAAUCAUGAGUCCUUUACAGCCAAAGUCACUGGUCUAUGUGCUGUCUUCUCCAGAAACCACACCUUGCCCACUAAAACCUGUCUGUUUGAGAAAGACUAGGAGGAAACGCAAAUCCACUGAAAGUGAAAGUACAAUCAGGUAUAAGUAUAAGACGACUCCUCUUAAGUUUUAUGAUUCAUUGACUAACAGGAUUUUGAAAACACAGCCAAAGGGAAUAGAAAUAUGCAAACCUAAAACAUUUACACACGUACGGCAGCUGUUUAGAAGUCUGAGCCCAGAUGUAAAACAAUUGAAUGACAGUCAGAAGGAAGACGAUUUAAGUUCCCAUCUAGAAGCUGAUAUUCCUUCUGAAAAUGAUUCUUCAGCCUCUAGUAUUGAGUCAGGCUUCAGAUCAUGUAGUCAAUCAACUCUGUCAAGAAACAGAAUUAUUCUGAGCCCCCUGAACUCUUCAAAACCUCAUACCAAAGGUGCUAUGAUCUUAUCUCCACAGAAGCACAAAACCACAGAAGCAUUUAACAUAUGCAAGAGCAGGAAUUCAAGAAGGCAAGCACUGGUAAAUCAGGAUCCUAAAUCGGAGCAGGGGAGCUCAAGAAACAAGUCAACAGGACCAAAUUAUCAGACUAAAAGUGUUAGAACUAGAGUCAGUUUGAAGAGGCAACGGAUAGAAAAUAAAGGUACAAAGAGGCCAGACUUUGUUUCAGCUUCCAAGACUUCCAGUGUUACGCAAACGAAACAACAUAAAAAUGGACGGAAAACCCCAAGAACAGUUAACAAGAAGAAAAACAAAUUCACAAAGGGUUUGUUAAGCCAAAGCAAACCAGAAAAUAAACUUGAAGCCAGUAGGAAAACAGGUCUAAGGAGCAGUUUGGAAAAAGAGAAUCCAAACAUUAAGGUAUCAGAAAAGUCUGCAGAAGUGCUUCCGCAAAGAUGUAAUAAUCCAACGGGGGAAUCCAGAAAACAGCUGGAAAAUGCAAGUUGUGAUAAUAGGAGAGAGUUACGAAGUUCAAGAGGUAAAUCUUACUCUAAAAAAGGAGAACCCUUAGUAAAAAGAAAUCUCAGGUCAUCUAAGAGUGUAUGAAGAGAGAUGGAAAACAGUUAACGCUAAAAAGUAGUAAAACAAAACAAUAAGGAGCUUUUCAGUUAUGAGACCGAUGUUUUUUGGAAAAAAACAAGCUUGUUUUGCUGCAGUGCUUUUUUUCGGUCCGAUCUCAGGAGUAUUGUACGCAGUUUGAAUUAGAAUUUGUUCACUGUCAUUCCUCAACAUGAUGUCUUCUUAAGACAAAAAAUAAUAAGUGAGACUACAAAGUACAGCUACCUUUUUUAUUUACAGCUGUAUUUCUUUUGCAAGGUGUAAUAUUAAUGAGAAUUAAUUUAUAGUUUUUUUUUUCUAAUUUUGAACAAACUAUUAAUCUGUAUUUUUUGACGAUUC